GAAAUGGGGUGUUAAAGAAAAUAGGAUUACAGUGAUCGCCUUGGACAAACUGAGUAUGGAGCCGUCGGUCAUAUUCCAGACACUUCAAAAGCUCGGUAUCAGCCGUAUGUUCGUAUAUCGUACUAUCAACAGAUACUACAUCUCGUCUGUCGAAGACCAGAAAAGAUCGAGGCGGCCGCGUGCUGUUUUUGUUAGCGCUGUUAAAGCCAGACUUCGUCGAAACCACAUUAAGAAGCAAAGACAAGACCUUUUUUUUUUUUUUUUUUUUUAUUCAAAGACAAGACCUAAAGCUCGGUGCUCAUCGUCGACAGGACAUGCCCUAAAUAAAUCUUUACUUUUAAAGAGAGUGGAUAGAUCACAACGCCUUCUGUCGCGAUACUUACUGUGGUAGGACCUCUUGUGAGUCCGCGCGGGUAGUACCACCACCCUGCCUAUUUUUGCCGUGAAGCAGUUAUGCGUUUCGGUUUGAAGGGUGGGGCAGCCGUUGUAACACUAUACUUGAGACCUUAGAACUUAUAUCUUAAGUUGGGUGGCGUAUUUACGUUGUAGAUGUCUAUGGGCUCCAGUAACCACUUAACACCAGGUGGGCUGUGAGCUCGUCCACCUAUUUAAGCAAUAAAAAAAACGCACCGAAAGGCUCAAUUGCUUUAUUGUAUUCCUUUUGUUCUCUUCUCUCUAGAAAUUCUUUUAAAUUGUUCAUUAUCUCUAAGUUAUUUUUAAUGUCCACAUAGGGAGUCAAUCCAGUUUGCAGCCUUCGACUUUUCUUUGUAUGUGACGCUCGUAACGUUGCACGUAUCAUUUUAUGGUCCGAAUUAAAAUUUAAAUUAUGUAAAACUGACAGAUCUUUAAAAACUUUUGGUUUAUUGGUCAUAAUGUAGUCGAUUUCAUUUUUAAAGAGUCCAUUUGGGUAAGUUACACGUCCAUUUCUUAUUCUUUUUCUUUUUAAAGAAACUAUUCAAGAUACUUAGUUUGUUUUCUAAACCGAAGUUAACCAAAUUUUGUCCGUUUUUGCUUCUAUUGCCAUUGCCACCAUAUCUUCCUACAAUGUACUCUUCGCCACUACGACAUUCCCCAAUUUGUCCAUUAAAAUCACCCAUUAUUAUUAUAUUUUUGUGAGCAGUAUCAACAGUACUUUGUAAUUCCUAGAAUUCCUCUAUUUUGUUUGUGUCUUGUUUUUUAUCUGCUUCAGUUGGCGAGUAAACCUGAAUAAUUAACCAUAAUUCGUCUCUGCUAUUUUGUACGGGAAAUUUGAUGUUGAGUAUUGCUAUUCUUUCGGAUAUGCCUUUCAAUUCCUCGAUUCGGUCCGUAUAUUUUCUUUUUAUCAAAAAACCAAACCAAUACAUGAAUUUCAGAAUAAAGGGCUUUAUUAUUAUAUUAUUAAAACCGCUCCAACCAUUGAAUCCUAAAUGUCUUAGAAGGUUUCUAAAGGAUAUUCCUUGAAUUCGAACACUCAAGGGUAUCAAAUUUAAGGGCAAUCUUAUUUUCUAUGAAAAAAAAUGGGGGAUACAAAAAGGCAAAACUCGCAAAACAACCAUCACUACGGUUAUUUUAGGCUAUGUCAACUAAAUGAUCCAGCUAUAAAAACUGACCAGCAAAAAAGAAUACUCGUGAAACAAGAUCCAUCAAAUGCUGCUUAUUUUCAGAUACUCAUGGAAAAAAUUGGUGUCGGUAACAAUUUCUACUUGCUUGGGUGUGAUAUUGGAAUUUUGAUUGCGAUGGAACUAGCUGCAAUACUUGAGAAAAAUGGUUUUUUGGGCACCAUAUUUUGUCUCGGAACUACACCAGAAGACGUCAAACCAGUAAUUGAACAACAACUAGGCGCGUUCUCAACAGAAGACCAACUGCAGCUUGGAAUUUUAAAACAUAUUUUUACGCUACUAACUGGUGAAGUACCAUCAGAUUUAGAUGAAACUCUGUACCUUCACUCUUCAUGGAAUGAAAAAAUUGACGCUUGUAUCAAAAUAAUGGCCGAUCGUAUAACACAAACAAAGCAAUAUGUGAAAGCGUUAAUAAAUUUCGUCUAUGAAAUAAUUCUGAGCAUCAAACAGUAUGAAUCUUCAGCUUUGCCAACACUGAAGUCUAGAGUCGUGAUACUCCGCUCCCCAGGAUAUUCGUCAACUUCAUCUGCAUCAUCAUACGUAAUUGAAGAUAUAUCAGCACCACUUUGUGAUGCUGCAAAAGAUGUGCGAUGUGCAGCCGUCAUCAAUGACAAUUUGUCAACUGAAAUAUUGAAAGAAUUCAAAACGAAGAACCUAUGUGAUAUCUUUGUGAUAAAUUUUGACGACAAGUACGUAAGGGCGUACUAAUAUUAAAUAAAUACAAUUUUUGUUUUGCCACAUAA